AUGCAAGGCAAGGAGUCGAAAGUCAUUAUAAAUGACUGGGUUAUCACUUCCGCAAAUGCUUUUUCGGACAUGGGAUUUACCAUCGACAGCAACCGUGGAAACGUGGGUAUGAGCAGAAUGACAGAAGUCAUGCUCAAUAUCCUUCCUGCGCGCGUGGGAUCCGACGCAAAAAGCUUGUCUCACGGCCCGCAGCGCAACCAUUUGGGCGACAAUGUUAUUACGGACGUUCCCUACCCCUGCGCCGUUGUUCAGUGGUACUCGAGUGAAGAGAGUGUCAUUACCUGCACGUGUCCGACCGAAGAGCAGCUCUUCAAAGGAAUCAGUUUUGCAGGAAAAGAAAACUGCGUGCGUUCAGGGAGCUGGAUUAACUAA